AUGGAGGAAGUGCUGGCCAACUUCAAUGCCACGAGCUGUCAAGUCAAAGGUUGCCCGAUGGGCCGCGCCAAGGUUGCGAUCGCAGAUGGCUCCUACUGCGUCUCCUUCCAAAUGCUCAGCUGCCAGAAGCCGGGUACCGUGGACUGCGGAACGCGCGAAGCGCCGCUCUGUGUGCCGGCCGAGGAGAUCAAGAGCUACAACGAAACGACGAGGAUCUGCACAUUGACUGCUUGCAACGAAGAACCCUCCAACUUCCCCUGCAAGCAACCCAACGGCGACUCGUUGUGCACCUUCUUCUCCUACAUCAAGACUAUCCACGACAACGGCACAUGCGAGCCGUCGGCUGAAUCUAAAGUAUGCCCGGCCGCCCACGUCAACUGCGGCAAGUACGACCCGAUCUGCAUCCAGAUGUACACGCCGCGAUUUCGCGCCGCCGACCUGCGCUACUUCAACGACCGCACGAGGGAGUGCCACGAUGAUCGUUGCCCCAUCGGCCACCAUCCAUGUUCCAUCCGCGAGAAGGGCGACAAGAAAAUCUGCAUGCCCUAUUGGCAUAUCAAGUCCGUCGGCGACCACGACAGCUGCCAGCUCAUCAACCCCAACGAGUUACCAAACCUGAAGCCGGCGAAGGAGUGUGCGGGGCUGAAGAACACGCUGGCCUGUUGGGCGGCUAACGACGACUACACGUGCAUCGGCUUCGAGCGGAUCAACUCGAUGACCGUUGACAAGCAGAACAAGACCAUCUGCACGUUUGCAAAAUGCACCGGAGAAGACGCCCUCCUGUGCAGCGCCGAGUGCCAAUCCAUCCACGAGGUCAAGAGGGUGCUGCCGGGGGGAGAGUGCGAAUUUCGCACCCUCCGUCGUGGGCAGAUCAUCAUGAUCAUCUCGUGCUCAAUCAUCGGAACCGUGGCCCUGAUCGCUGUUGUGGCUUUGCUCACCCGCGUCGUCAUCCUCCAGAGAAACCGGAACAAGCCAAUCGAGCACCGCCCAUCCAGCAUGGAGGGCAAGCACCAGGAUGGUGACAGCAACGAGAAGCGCCCGUUCCUGCCAUCCAAGAACCCGAAGGCGUUCAACGAGAAGCCCCAAGUC